AUGUCGUUCUGGGGCAGCAAGAAGACGGCAGUCCCGCCCCGGCCCCCCGUCACAGCACCACCGAUCCCACGCUCCGGCCCGGAAAUCGAUGCCACGACCAUCAUCUCGCUGCUCGCGGUACUGGCCCUACUCGGCGGCGCCUACGCGGCAUCGCUGCGCGCACUGCCCCGGACGGCAACGUCCAAGACGCGUAUCCUGUUCAUCUGGCACCUGUUUGACGCGCUCGUGCACUUUUGCUUCGAGGGCUCUUUUUUGUGGAAUUGCUUCUUCGUCACGUAUAGUCUGCCCACGUCGUUUUCCGCCGCCAGCAGACACUAUCCGCUCGUCACGCUGUUCACGCCGCCGGACGUGUACUGGCUCGGGCGCAGGGACUUGUUGUACGGUGCAAACUAUGGGACGGGGCCGUUGAGUCGGUUGUGGCAGGAGUAUGCCAAAGCGGAUAAGAGGUGGGGGGGCGUGGAUUUGACGGUGGUGACGUUGGAGCUGUUGACGGUGUUUGUGGCCGGCCCAUUGGCCUUGUUCAUCGCCUACCUGUUGACAAAGGAUGCGAGAAAGGGCGGACUGAAGAAGUACUUUUGGAUGAUUGUCCUGGCCACGGCGGAGAUAUAUGGAGGUACCCGGUUGGCAUGCUGGAUGACUUUUGCCCCUGAGUGGUUCACCGGCAGUCCGAAUCUCGACACGUCGAAUUGGAUGUAUCUCUACCUCUACCUCAUCUUCUUCAACGGCCUCUGGCUCGUCUUCCCGGCUUGGAUCCUUGUCGAGGCUUAUCGCGCGCUGGAUGCGGGUAUGUCGCAGGCGGAAAUGGUGGAUUUGGUGGCGUAUUUGAAGGUUGGGAAGGCGGAGUGA